GCGAUCACGUGACGGGAACGAUGUCCCGGAAUCGCUGCGGGGCGGAAUGGUGUGUCCGCGCGCUUUGAGUGCGGGGUUCUAGCGCGCGGCGUGGCGGGGGGGGUGGUCCUCACAGGAGAUCGGGACAAGGGCCGUUUGUCGAAGAUACUCCCCAGACAUGUUCGUUAACUAGGCGGAUCUGCGCUUCGUAAACAUGGCCGUGUCACUGAGGGGCCUCUGCUUCGUGCUCAUGCUCUUCCUGGGCAGCUUCUUCGGCAGCGUCUUCAUGCUUGGCCCCGUGCUGCCCCUCAUGCUGCUCUCGCCGGCCUGGUACCGCUGGCUCACGGACCGCAUCGUCGCCACCUGGCUCACCCUGCCCGUGGCCCUGCUGGAGCUGGUGUUCGGGGUGAAGGUGGUGAUCACUGGCGACGGCUUCAUCCCUGGCGAGCGCAGCGUCAUCAUCAUGAACCACCGCACGCGCCUCGACUGGAUGUUCCUCUGGUGCUGCCUGCUGCGCUACAGCUACCUGCGGCUGGAGAAGAUCUGUCUGAAGGCGGGGCUCAAGGCCAUCCCCGGCUUCGGCUGGGCCAUGCAGGUGGCUUCGUUCAUCUUCAUCCACCGGCGCUGGGAGCAGGACCGCAGCCACAUGAGCAACAUGCUCGAGUACUUCUGCGACAUCCGAGAGCCGCUGCAGUUGCUCAUCUUCCCCGAGGGCACGGACCUCACGGAGAACACCCGGGCGCGGAGUCACGAGUUUGCGGAGAAGAACGGCCUUCCAAAGUACGAGUACGUGCUGCACCCUCGGACCACCGGUUUCACCUUCAUCGUGGACAUGCUACGCAAAGGAGACAAUCUGGAUGCCGUCCACGACAUCACCGUAGCGUACCCACAGAACAUCCCGCAGACGGAGCGCCACCUAGUGCUGGGCCUCUUCCCUAGCGAGAUCCACUUCCACGUGCAGCGCCACCCGGUAUCCCUGCUGCCUGCCUCGACCGAGGGCCUGCAGAACUGGUGCCAAGAGCGCUGGACGGAGAAGGAGGCCCGGCUGCGCAGCUUCUACACGGGCGAGCGCCGGUUCGACUGCGAGGACGCCCUCGUGCCGCCCUGCAAGUCGGAGCUGCGCGUGCGACUCAUCCAGGUGGCUUCCCUGCUUUACUGGAGUGCCUUCAUCGUGCUGUCCGUCACCGGCUUGUGGCUCUGGCCCGCGCUGCGUGCCUACUUCCUGCUCGUGGUGCUCUUCUACCUGGGCCAGCAGAGGGCGCUGGGAGGCGUGGAGCUCCUCGAGCUGGCCUGCCACCGGCACUGGAGCGGGGAGGUGGAGCGGAGGGGUGUGGCUAGAAAUGGGGAGGCGAAGAAAGGGGGCGUGGCCGGGGGCGAGGAGGAGCGGAGGGGCGCGGUCGGGGGCGGGGAGGCAGCCUUCGGGAAGGAAGACUGACCAGGAGGGCUGGCGUGGAGGUGAGGCAUGCGCUCCAGAACGAAGCUUGGCGUUUUGGUCCCCACCCCGUCCUUUCUUGUCCAAUCACUGCUCCCCAUCGAUACGCAGGGUCGCAUGGAUUCGAUGGGGGCACGCUACCUCAGGGUGGGACAAACUGGGGGUUCGAGCAGGAGGGUGAAAGGUCGCCCCCGCCUCCACGGCGCUGGACUGAAAGGGAAGCUCGGUCCACCCGGCUAACAGGAAGUCCUGCUGCGCGCGCGCUGCGUGAGCGCCUGUCCAACUCGCCUCUUCCUGUCUUUUUCCACGGACAUCAGACUCCGCCCCCUCGUCUCUCAUCCUGCCCCUCCUCUCAAGCGGAAUGUAAACACUUAAAUCAGUCUGGACUCAUUAUAGAAAUCCACAUAUGCUGUUUUUUCUUUUUUUUUCCCCCCCUUUUUAGACGGUGUUUGUGCUGAAUAUUUACGUGUUUCCGGGAGCACAGCCGCGUUGCGACGCCAUACGCGGACAUAAGUGAAAGGUUUAUAAUGUUUUGCAUUUCGAUAGGAUAAAUGUAACGAUAUUUAGUGACGUGCUUAGCUUAACGGGGGAAAGCUCGUUUAUGCGUUAUGGAAGAAGGAAAGGUGAUUUAUGCUUUUUCGCUCCAUUUGCUGUGGUGUGUAACCCUUUAUCAAGCUGAACGUGGUCAAUUACUGGGAUGAACACAGAUUAUAUGUGUUAAUAUCAAAUACUACAUGCUUGUAACACUAGAUGUUGUACUCAAAAAAUGUGCUCCGUUUCAGGAAUACUGAGAAAGGCGGUUUUCGUCUCAGCCGAGGCCUCGGGGUCCGCACCGUUCGGCUCCGAGCGUUCGCGGUCACAAUGAAGCUCGACGCGGAGCGGUCACGUUCCCUGACCUGCUCGGCCCUGAUUCGCACGUACUGUGUGUGUGGACCUUACCGGUAAUCAUCUGGAGGGAAUCGCUCCGUUCUGCUCCAUCUCUUCAGACACGCCCACUUCACAAGCAGCCGAUCAGGUUUUAAUUUUUAAAUACUCCGGGAGUUUUUAAAUAGUCUUUUUUUUUUUUUUUUUUUUUUAAUGUGUCUCUUGUCCGCUUUUGGUCUCGGUGCUUUCCGUUUCUCUUCACCAGACAUGCUGUUUCCCUCUUUUUUUUUUUUUUUUUUUUUUGAUCCAUUCACAUCGUAGAUAGUUUUCGCAAGGAAGUCCUGUGGUGAUACACGCAGAGCGGAAACACUCUUCCACCCAAUGGGAUUCUGCGUUCUUGUCGCUAUGGUGACGAGGCACAAUGACACUCGCUUGUAUCCCUUAUGGCUGUAAAACAACCUGCCUCCUUACUUUCUGCGAAAUCGGAAUCGGGACCGACAAUCCGGGGGUCUUGGCAUCGACCCCCCCCUUUUGAUUGACACGCACCCGAAUAGUUUUUAAUACUGUCUAUAAGGUAACCUCAGUUGACCUCUGAGCGAAUAGGUGAAUACUUCUCUUUCCCUCGUCCACUUCUCCACAGCUUUGGGCUUCAGAGGGUGCCGCUCUCCGUCCUGGAGGUUCCAGGGGUGGCGGGAUGAGGGGUGGAGCUGCAAGGUCAAAGCCUGGCCCACCCCCUUCCCCCACGUCCCCCACGUGGCCUUUAGUGGCAGAAAGAGUUAUCGACAGCCGAAGUGGCGCAGCACAUGGCGCCGAUCAAAAACGAACGCUGAAAGGCCUCAGGUUGCCUCCCACCCGAGUCGGGACCCCUCUGCUCCAGCCCCGUCCACGUGACGCGCGGAGUCACACGGCGGCUUCCGUGUCGGUUCCAUCCAUGCGCCGAGUCGAUGCGCUGUUAGAUUGCACAAUGCUGCCCUUGCGUUAUUGAUAUCGUUUCCUCUCUCACUUUGGGAGUAGGAAGGUCUUCCAGGCAGGACGUCCUGGAGCGCACACUGUGUCCGUUCAGUCCAUACUGCUGUGGGCUUCAGAUGACCAAGGGCUGGGGGUUGUGUGUCUUAUAUAUGUGUAUGUGUAUGUGUUGGGUUUCGGAGAGGUGUCUCCCAUGGACUGG